GCACUUCCGGCAGCUCCGGGCUCUCUUCCGGCCAUGGCGCCCAGCGUGGCGGAGCGGCUCCUGGAGCGGCUGGACCAGCCCGGGGCUUCCGGGGGGCUCUGCAGCAUCCAGGCCGCCGCCGAGCUCGGAGUCGACCACCAGACGCUCGUGGGCGCCGUCAAGAGCCUCCAGGCGCUUGGCGAGGUGAUCGAGGCGGAGGCGCGGACGGCGACGCGAUGGGAGCUGAGCCCCGAGGGCGAGGAGGUGCUGCGGGACGGCAGCCCCGAGGUUCGGCUGUUCCGGAGUCUCCCCGAGGAGGGGCUGCCCCAGGGCGAGGCCAUGAAACUUCCCGGAGGCUCCUUGGGCUUCAGCAAGGCCAUGGCCAACAAGUGGGUGCGCCUGGAUAAGGGAGCGCCCGGCGGUCCCCGAGUUCUGCGAGCCGUGCCCUCGGUGCAGGACACGGUGCAGGAACACCUGGGCCAGGUGAGGACGGGCGGGGCCCAGGCCGUGCCCGAGCGAGACCGCAGCGAGCUCAAGAGGAGGAAGCUGCUCCUGGAAAUGACCCUCAAGUCCUACUGGAUCCGCAAGGGCAGCGCCUUCAGCACGGCCGUGGCGCGACCAGAGACGGAGCUGACCCCGGAGAUGAUCGCCACAGGCUCCUGGCGCCAGCUGCCCUUCAAACCCUACAACUUCUCCUCGCUGGGGCUGCCCCCGGCCUGCGGGCACCUGCACCCGCUGCUCAAGGUGCGCUCGGAGCUGCGCCAGAUCUUCCUGGAGAUGGGGUUCACGGAGAUGCGCACGGAUAACUUUGUGGAGAGCUCCUUCUGGAAUUUCGACGCGCUGUUCCAGCCGCAGCAGCACCCGGCCCGUGACCAGCACGACACUUUCUUCCUGCUGGACCCCGCUGAAGCCCCCCAGUUGCCCCCUGGUUACUACAACAAGGUGAAGAAAGUGCACUCGCAGGGAGGCUACGGCUCACAGGGGUACAGGUACGAGUGGAAGGUGGAGGAGGCUCGGAAGAACCUGCUAAGGACCCACACCACGUCAGCCAGCGCUCGCGCCCUGUUCCAGCUGGCACGGCAGGAGAAGUUCACCCCCGUGAAAUAUUUCUCCAUCGACCGCGUGUUCCGCAACGAGAGCCUGGACGCCACGCACCUGGCCGAGUUCCACCAGGUCGAGGGCGUCGUGGCUGACCGGGGGCUCACCCUGGGCCACCUCAUGGGCACCCUCCGCCAGUUCUUCACCAAACUGGGGAUCUCCCAACUGCGAUUCAAACCCGCCUACAACCCCUACACGGAGCCCAGCAUGGAGGUGUUCAGCUACCACGAGGGACUGAAGAAAUGGGUGGAGGUGGGAAAUUCGGGGGUGUUCCGCCCCGAGCUGCUGCUGCCCAUGGGGCUCCCCGAGAACGUCACCGUCAUCGCCUGGGGGCUCUCUCUGGAGCGCCCCACCAUGAUCAAAUACGGCAUCAAGAACAUCCGGGAGCUCAUGGGGCACCGCGUCAACCUGCAGAUGGUCUACGACAGCCCCAUGUGCCGCCUGGACGUGUGACACCCCCGAUCCCCCCCGGGGGUCCCCUUCUUUUGGGGAGGGGGCUCAUCCCCGGGGGUCCUCACCCACAAUAAAGUUCCAUGUUCUGUGA